AUGUUAGCAUGGUGUGCAGCAUUCAGGGCGAAACUUCACGAAGUGGACGGUUUACAAGUGCGAGAAGUUGCAAGAGUGGGCGAGGGAGGGUUUUCUUGUAUAUGGCGAGUCGACUUGAUAUCAGAUCGUGGGCCGGCUGAUGAGAAUCUCCCACGGACCAUGGCCCUGAAGAAGACAAUUUGUCAGGACGAAGAACGUCUCGAAUUCGCCCGCAGUGAAGUCGCAGUGCUGCGACGUGCGACCCAGGAGGGCCACGGGCGGCCAGGGCAAGAGUUCUUGGUGCGCUACUUCUCGCAUCAGGAGCUGUCUGGUCAAGGUCGAGGAGGUGCCGAGGUUCAACUUCUGAUGGAAUGGUGCGAUGCUGGAAACUUGCUUGACCGAAUAUUGCAUGGCGAGCCAAGCGGAGCUGCGCGCUGCCCGAACAUGGCUGAGGUGGAAACGAAGAGCAUCGUGCGGCAAGCUGCAGCCGGACUUUCGUUUUUGCACGGCCUUGGGAUUGUCCACUACGACUUGAAACCGGAGAAUAUCCUCUUCCACAACAGCCAGCUUCGCCUUUGCGACUUCGGCUCAGCGAGUGAUCGACAGUGGCCCGAAUUCAGCAAGGAAACGCCACGCCACAUCGUGCGAGAGGUGGACCUGUUCUUCACACAGCGGACAACGCCCAUGUUUCGGCCACCAGAGUUGGCGGACCCGGACCUCGUUCGCUUUCCCAUCACCAGCAAGGCCGACCUGUUCAUGCUUGGUUUGUCUUUGUUCCAGGCGGGCAUUGCGCGUGUUUUGGAUUUAGUUCUAGCAGAUUCGGCACGUGAGAACUACUGCGCGAUGUGGCAGAUGAUUUGUGGCGAUCGGAAAGAGGAUGCCCUGCAGAUGCGAUGGGUUUUGAUGGACCUGAGCCCAGACGAGCUGGACAUGGCCAAGAGGGGAGAGGCCAGGAAGCUGACCUAUCAUCUCCUCAUGAAGAAUGCCGAGGCAGCGUCAGCACUGCAGCCCUCGCCGGCCUCUGCAGCAUUACGCGCCGCCGCGGAAGCGGCAAUGCGUCGGGAGAAGCUGGAAGCGGCCGUGAAAGAGAAGGUCGACGAGGAAAGAGCAGAGCUCAACAGAAAGAUUGCGGCAGAAGCGGCGCAGCGCCGGCGGCUCUUCGCCGAGCUACGACAGAUUCGACCUGCUCCUACACCUGUUCAGCAUCCGCGUGCAGCUGUGAGGAUGCAGUUUCGAACGCAGUCGGCGAGCAAGCUCGGCGCAAGCCCGGCUUUUAUGAUGGGCCUUGCGCCGAAUGAGCUCGCAAGCGCCCACAUGGGACGACCACAGUCAGCCGACCUCCGUCAGCUUUUAGACACACGGAGUCCGAUCCUGCUUCUAGCGCUUGAGGAGCUGGUGGAGAAAGAGCUGACUGGCUUCAUCCAGUCGAGUUCCGAAUGCUGA